UCACAAUCCCCCAUCUCCCUCCUCCACAAAAGACGCCAUGCCGUCCGCGCUCGCGAGCCAGCUCGCGAACAUUGCGUCGCUCGACGCGGACCGCUUGACGUCGCGCACUGGCGCCCCCUCAUCCAAGUCAUAUCUCUUCCCCGCUGCCGUCGCGGCUGAACACGACCUCGAUGCCGUGCACGCUCUGGGCCUCUCGGGCUUCGAGGAGCUUCUCCAGCUCGAUCCCGGGAUGGACGAGUUCGAGGACGAGCUGUUCUCCGAUACCGCCCGGCGGACGGACCGCAUGAUGCUGAGCGCCGAGGAAAAUACGGCCUUGGAUGCCAUCCUCGAGCGCUGCCUUCGCCGCCUCGGCAAGUGGAUCGGCAUCAUGGCGGGCGGCAAGUGCAUUGAGUGGCUCGUCCGCCGCUUCCGCGUGCACGAGAUGAACGCCGAAGCUCUCCUCCAGACCUUCCUCCCCUACCACGACUCUCAGAACUUUGCGCGCAUGCUCGCCAUCCUCACCUUUCCCCUGACCUCGCCAUACCACGCUCCUUUUGCGCCGCUCGUCAAGAAGGCUCAGCCCGUUCCAAGGGAAUACAUCACCAACGCUGUCAGCUCAGCUCGCGAUCCCAGCCUCCGUCUCCUUGGCAACCUCGUUGGCAGCGUCCAGACUGCCCUCGACGAGGGUGCCACUCACCGUGCCCUUCUCGCCUUUUGGAGCGCCACGCUCGUUGAUUUUAUCCAGCGCGCGCGUACCGGUGCCGGUGGGCGGAUGCCCGAGGGCGUCGUCAAGCUGUUGGUAGAGGCUUUUGUCGGCCUUCUCUCAGCUCACAAGGCCGGGCCGGAGAUUAAUGCCGCAGUCUACGCUCCCCUUGUGCUCCUCACACGUACCGUCUACCUCGCAGACGCUCCGUUUGCCGCCAUCGCAGACGCGCUUUUGACGCCCGCCACGGGUGCUGAUCCUGGUCAGCAGUUGCUGACAAUCAUCGUUGUUCUUGACCAGCGCAAGUCAUUCACCGGCUUCAGCGACGGCGCAGCCGCUCGCUUCAUGUCUAUCCCGCAGCUCAGCGGCCUCCUCAUCGCCGCGAUGGAGAAGUACGGCUUCGAGACGGCCAUGCAAGCCAUUGUUAGCGCGCUUGGUGACGACAUUGCAGAGUCCAAGGACGUGCUCCGCACGCUGGUCGACUAUACCGCUCUUCCGGUUAGCGUAGUCAAUGUACUGGCUACCAAGCUUUUCGCCGCUCCUGCGAGUGAGCACGAGACCGCCCGCGCUCUCCUCAGCGUGUUGAAGCAGCGCCACCCUCAAAUCAUCGACAACGCUGUUCUUGAGGCCGGGGCGGUCGACUCUAACCUCGCGCAGUGGUCCAGUGCCGAGACCGCUUUCGUCGACGUCCACUCGGCCGACGUCCCCGACCGCGUCAGCGGUGUAAGGGAGAUGUACGCCGUGGCGGAAGCCGCCAACCUCACCGUCUCGAACGCUGUUGCCCUCAUCAAUGACGACGAGGACCUGAAGUCGGCGCAGACCGCCAUCGUAGCACGUCUCCGCGACACUGAGCCCGCUGUCCUCGAGGAGGUUUAUGCCAAGCCUCACCUACUGCUCGCGCUCCUUGAAAGCCAGAGCUAUGUCGACAUCGUGGCACCUACGUUCACUGCCGCCAAGGUUGAGUUUGACGCCAUCAACCUUCAUCUCGCCUUCAUCGCAGCGCACCUCUGCAAACCCGAGGAGGAGCGCAAGGUCUUUGAGCAGCUCCUCCUCCCUAACCUCCUCGCAACUGAGGAACGCCGCGCUUUCGGCCCCAAGCAGUGGCCCGCGGUCACCAAGACCUGUCGCCUGCUCGACCGCGUCAACGGCAGCAUUCCGCUGGACGCUCCUAAGGAUGUGCUUGUCAAGUUCAAUCAGGAUCUCAUCAAGAAUCUGGCCGCCGCGAUCGCGUCCAGUGGCGACAUCGGUGCGCGUGUUGACAGCCUCGUCGGAACACUCACAUCGCCUCUCCGCAACGCCCGCUUCCUUGCUGCCCUUACGCUUGCGCAGCUCGUGGCUAGUGCUGGUGGCUACCAGCACGUUGUGGCUGCGCGCUCGCUUGCUGCUCUUGAGACUUUCCUCGCAGGCCAGGCUCUGCGUGAAGUCGAGGACAUCGAGGCACCUCUCGCCGACAAUCUAAUGAAGGCUGUAGUCCAGAAGCCUUCGGCGGGCAAGACUCAGCAGCGCGUCUACCUCGCGCUCUUGACCUCGGCUGUUGCCGUACCGCCCGCUCUCAAUGCAAUGAACUCUUGGCUUGGCGACGUCGACGCCUCGUCGUCCGAAGGUCAGACCCGCACGGUUGCCCAGGCACUCUACCGUUGGGCAAACAGCGCAAACCUCGCCUCAGCUGUCGCGAAGCAUCUCCUUCACUCGGUGUUCACGCAGCUGGGCGAAGACGUGCUAGUGUUCCUUGCGUCCGUGUGGACGAGUCCCGUGAUGAUCUCCACUCUCCGCCUCGCGGCUCUUCGUCACGCUGAGGCAUUCGUCAAGGCUUGCAGCGGAGCCAAAGCCACCGACUUCCAGCUCAUGAUCCCUGCGACACUCAUCGCGCUGCAGGACGAGGCGAAGCCGGUCCGCCAGGCGGCUGCCACCCUUUUCCGUGCCAUCUCGACCAGCGCCCAGUCGCCAAACGCCGACAUCUACGGCCUGGAGUCCAUUUAUGGCUCGCGCUCUGAUCUCGUCCAGCUUCUCAAGCCGUCUGACCUCACCAAGUACUUCGAGACCAUCACCAAGGCUCUCGACGAGAUGAUCGUCGAUGCUGGCCGCCUCGCCCUCGUACACGGCCAGCAGCUUGACCUUCAGAGCAAGAACGGCAAGAAGGACACCCUCUACCGUCGCGACGUUGUGGAUUGGCUCAUGUCUCAUGUACUUGGCUGGCGCGCCGACAGCGCCCGCCGCGCGCUGUUGUCAAGCCUUGACCGUGCCGUGAACAUCUCGUGUCUCCAGGGCGCACUUCCCCUCCUUGAACCCUUGCUUGACUCCAGCAAGGACGAGGACAAAUGGCUUGCGAGCCUCCCGGCGACCCACCGCACCGAGUAUCUCGAGCUCCUGUUCAACUCGUUCAACUCGCGCAACGCUGCCGCUGUCACUGUUGAGGGCGGCGAGCCGUGGAAGUUCCUUCGCACCCUUGUGGACAAGACAACCGGUUCAGGCCUCCAGCUUCGUGCCCUUUCUCUUCAGCGCAUGGCCGAUGGGCUCUUCGCCGCCCUCCGACCGCCCCAGAAGGUGGAAUACAUUGUUAAGCUUCUCCACUCGCUGCACGCGCUCUCAAUUAACGACAAGUUCGCAACUAAGGACACGCUCGCGCAGCUGCCUCUCAGUACAGUGGAGGUCAGCAGCACUAUCCAGGCGCUUCUCGAACCACUCGAGACUGCGCAUCCGCGCAGCAAGAAGGUCAAGCAGGACGAAGCUACCGAUACGACCGAGCAGGCUAUUGCCGACCUCACGGUGUUCGUCACUUCGCGUGACUGGAAGGUCCUCCCAGGCGACGCAAAUCUCAUUGCAGUGCUCAUGGGCGUGCUUUCGGCUGUGCUGUCGAAACGACAGUCGAUUAAGGAGGGAGUAGACUACCUCGAGCAAGAGGUACUCGGUGCGACGCUCGCCCAGCUCGAGAAGAUCCAGGACGCUGCCGAGAUCAUGCGCGCACGUGUCGGCAUCGAGACGAUUGUGAAGGUCAUUCGUGCCUCUUCCAACCCGCGUACAGCGCAGCGUGCGCUUCUCGUUGCAUCGGAGCUCGCGCGUCUCAUCCCAGACUCGGUGCUGCACAACGUCAUGCCCAUCUUCACCUUUAUGGGCAGCUCUGAGUUGCAGCGUGAUGACGCAUACUCGUUUGGUGUUGUCGAGAAGACAGUUGAGCGCAUUGUCCCCGUCAUGACCGCCUCGCUCAAGGACAAGGCAACCUCCAAGCAUGAGCUGUACACGCACAGUUUGGCCUUCCUGUCGAUCUUCACCGACAUGGCCACUCGCCUGCCCAAGCACCGCACGCUGCCCUUCUUUGUGCACUUGGUCAAGAGCCUCGGCAUCGACGACUUCCUAGCUCCAGUGUGCAUGCUCCUUGCGACUCGCGGCAAGAGUGCAGCCAUCGAGUUGCCUCUGUCGCUUGCGGCUGCGUUCCCUCCGUCUGCGCGCACCGAGGCAAUGCUUGAGAUUGUGAAUGAGGCUACCCGUGCCACCGAAGACGAGGAGGACGACGCGACAUUCCUCCCUGCGGGUGAACAGACAGCCUCAACGCUCCUCCUCUUGGCGGGCAACAUUGCUCGUGGCCUCCUCGGCAAGUCAUGCCCUCAGGACUCGCUGGAGAAGAUUGUGCGCGAGCUCAUCGCUCUCGCACCCGAGCUCGACGACGAUGAGGCCUCGGAGCACCUCGAGGCCGCGCUCGGCAACGCCAUGCGCCUUCUCUCGGUUGACUCGUUCCUUGAGAUCACAGCUCAGAUCCUCGCUACCGACACCGUCGCCGAUAUCAGCCGCUCGCUCGACCUCUUCGGCCAGCGUCUUGCGCUCAUCAAGCCCGAGCUCCGCCUGCGCUCCAAGUCGAUGCAGACGAUCAUCUCCACGACCGCAUCGCUCCUGGACGGUCCGAGCGCGCAGCACGCCCUGCAUGCGCUUGAGCGUGUUGUCGCAACUGCCAUCCCCUCGGAGGACUCUGCGCUUGCGGCCAUCGUCAACCCCGUUGUCAAGGCGGCGCGGGCUGCCGACGCUGAAGGUGCUGCUGGUAUCCUGACUCUUCUCUCGGCGCUCAUUCGCCGCUUGGGCUCCCGCACCAUCCCCUUCGUCCAGGCAAUCCUCGACACGUGUCUCUCGCUCAUCGGCUCUACCGAGCCUCUCACCGCCGCCGCUGCCUUUGGUGCGCUCGCUGCGCUUGUCGAGACCGUCCCGACCUUUAUCUCGUCCAAGCAGCUCGUUUCACUUCUCGGGGCUGCUGCCGCCUACCGCGGCGCGGAUGAGGCUGCGUCAGCGACCCUCAUUGCGGCUGCUGCGAAGCGUGUUCCGACAAAGACGCUCAUCCCUGUCGUUAUGGACCUCUGGAAGACUAUUAACGGCAGUGAAGCGGCGCCUACCGAGGCGUUCUUCGCCUUGCUCCGCCACACGCUUCGCAACGCGGACCGUAAGGCGCUGCCAGGUCUUACGAAACCCCUCUUCGCCUUUUUCCUCGACGUCUUUGACUUGCGCCACCGUUCCGCUGCCACGCUCGAGCCUGCGACCGUCGACCGCGUUGAGACAAGCGCGAUUAACAGCUUCCUCGAGCUCGUCACGAAGCUUUCGGACGGGGCGUUCAAGCCGCUCUUCGUGCGCCUGUACGACUGGGCUGUCGUCGACCUUUCGGCUGGCGUCGCAGACUCUCACGUCAUCUCGCGCCGCAUCGUCCUCCUGCACGUUAUGGACGGGCUGCUCGACCGCUUCCGUCACCUCCUCACGCCGUACAUGGCCACGCUCCUCCCGCUCGUGGACGAGCUGCUGGCGGCGUACAAGGAUGGGAACCUUGCCGAUUCAGGUCUCUGGACGCUCCUCCUCUCCACUCUUGGAAAGAGUAUGGAUGUUGACGAUGGCGCAUACUGGACCGAUGCGGGCUUGCUUAAGCUCCUUCCCGCACUCGUCGCGCAGCUUGCCCUCGACGACGAGGAGCUCGCAAUUGCUGCAGUUGGCGCCGACUCGCCGCCUGCUCAGAGUCUCGCCUCCCUCGCGGCUGCCACGACCUCGGAGACGACACUUAAGAAGGUCAACAGCGCCGUGUGUCUCGCCACGCGUGCUGAUAAACCCAAGGCGCGUAUGGCUGCUCUCCGCGCCCUCGACGCCAUGUGGGAGCGCCACUCGGACGAACUCAUUCAGUUUGUGCCCGAGACCGUCGCCGAGUUCCUCGCCGAGCUGCUUGAGGACGAGAACCUCGAGGUCGAGGGCCUUGCCCGCAAGGUGCUGGCCCGGAUUGAGGGCGUCACCGGUUCGCUCAAGGAAUAUCUCGAGUAAUCGCGCAGAAGCCGAGCUGAAUUUGAGCUCGCACAGGCGUCGCUGCCUGUUUGGACCCAUCUGUAAUACCAUCUAUUGCACAACAAAUAUGCAUGUAACAGCGUACAACAGUAUGAA